GAUUCACAUUUGACGCAGACACAAGGCUGCUCCACUGUCCAACUAUGACAAACCACCUCGGGCUCUUCCUGAGCGUCAUCGUGCACUUGGCGUGCUCUACUCUCUGUGUGGAGGGCAGGGGACGAGGGAACGACAGCCUGCUGUUCCACCAUCUGUUCGAGCACUACGACAGCGCGUUACGUCCCGUCAGGGAGCAUCAGGACGUCCUGACGGUGGACUUCGGAGUCACGCUCACUCACAUCGUGGACAUGGACGAAAAGCAUCAGACGUUGUCCAUGAACUUGUGGAUUACAAUGGGCUGGAAUGACACGCACAUGAGAUGGGACCCGGGGGAGUACGGAGGUGUGGCGCACCUCACCGUCCCAGCGACGUACGUCUGGAAACCGGACAUCAUUCUUUAUGAAAAUGUAGACCCACAGUUUAACGGCUGGAGUAGAGACGAGACGUACGUGAAGAUCCACCAGAACGGCUACGUCCUGUGGGAGAUCCCGGCCGUCACCAGGUCGUCCUGUAAGUUCGACGUGUCGUCCUUCCCGUUCGACCACCAGCGCUGCUUCCUCAAGUUCGGCCCGUGGAUCCACAGCGGGUACGAGGUGACCAUGCGGAGCAUGGCCCCGGAGGGAAGCCUGGAGGGGUUCAUAGACCACGCGGAGUGGAGGGUUCACAACUUCAUCGCCGAGGAGCACCUCAUCUUCUACGGCGAAGAUUUCGACAUUUCUACACCGUACGCUGACGUGACCUUCACGCUGAGGCUCGGGCGGAAGUCCACGUUCUACGUGUUUAACCUCCUCCUGCCGUGUCUGCUGCUGACCUUCAUCAUGGCGGCGACUUUCUUCAUGCCUAUAGACAGCGGAGAGAAGCUGUCGUUCGGCGUGUCCAUACUGCUGGCCAUGGUCGUGUUCCAGUUGGUGCUGAAGGAAGCUCUCCCAGAGUCGGAGACCCUCCCAUGGAUAGGUCGGUACGUCAUCAUCACCAUGAUCCUGAUGGCCAUCUCCCUGGCGAUGUCCGUCUUCAUCAUGAACAUCUGUGACUGCACCGUGUCUUCCACACCCGUGCCCAACUGGGCCAAAAGGUACAUCCUGAACUAUGCCGCCAGGUGUCUGCUCAUGGGAGACAUGUCCAAAAUGGACGCAGGCGUGCCCAGGGAUACCGAACUGCUGCUGGGCCCUCCUUUCCAAAACGGCCACAGCGGAUCCAGAAAGGAACCGAACAUUCUGGGCUGUGGUCUCAACAGUGACGCUGGACGGGACGGGACGGAGGGAGGGGUCGUCUCGCUACUUAUAUCUAGACUUCACGGGAUAGAGAAACAACUGGAGACCCUGAAGGCGUAUGCCACACAGCAGGAACGGAAUUGGGAAAUAGAGAAGGAAUGGCGAACGCUCGCCAAAGUCCUGGACAGAAUCUUCAUGUUUCUGUACGUCUCUGUCGCCAUCACAUGCCUCGUUGCCUUCGCGGGAACAUCGAAGCCACAGGAGGGUGAAAAUAAGUAGUUACAAAAGGGGAUGAAGAUUAUGUUGAGAUAAUAUAGAAUCUUCUAUGUAAUUGUAAUUCAAGUUAAUAGAUACCAAUUGCAAAUAAUCCGAAAAGGU